AUGAUAUUCGCGCUGUUCGGUAUUCCACUGAUGCUGUUAGUGCUUCAAGACAUCGGCAAGCUUCUCACUAUAACCAUGAAGUUUCCGUGGUUUCAAACAAAACGGGUCACUCGUCGCAUUCUGAGAUGUUGCACAAAGCAGUCGCUGCACGAGAUGAGAGAAAUUGAAGCUCGUGAACGUCGAGAUCUUGACAUCUUCGACCUACCAGUGGUCGUGGGUCUUUCGCUAAUCGUCGGAUGGGUAAGAGACCUUGGACUAUCUGACCAGAGAUAA